CUUCAGGAGGAUCUUCUUCACUUCCUCUUGUACCUGUUUGUUCUAUCGAUUCCCAUCAAAUCGUCUUGUAAGCUUUGAAUCUCGAACUGGCUCGUCCCCUGCUCCUCCUCGACGUCUCGACACUUCUCGCGGCGGAGCUGUUUCUUACCAGCUGAGGAUCUCUGCCUUCUCCAAUGGAAAAUAGUCAUGAUUUUCCGAAUUCAUCUCUACCUUCGUGAAACCUAUUUCAGUAGAAAUGUUUCUUAGGCCGACUUAAACCAAUCGAUUUAGAAAAUGUUCGGUUCGACGCAGAUACUGCCACUCGAGGCUCCUCCUUCCGACGGGAAUCUCGGUCCACUUCCUCCGUCGCAGUUAACGAAUCAGGAAAUCGAAGAGAGGGAGUUGCAAUCAGAGCAGAAGAACUCAAAUCAUGCUCCUGAAUCUGUAGCGACUCACACGAAGACUAUCGGAAUCAUUCACCCACCUCCAGAUAUCAGAACCAUUGUCGAGAAAACGGCUCAGUUUGUUUCCAAAAACGGGUUGGAGUUUGAGAAGAGGAUUAUAGCUCGCAAUGCCAGUAAUGCUAAAUUCAACUUUUUGAGCAGCUCUGAUCCUUAUCAUGCCUUUUACCAGCACAAGCUCAAUGAAUACCGUGCUCAGAAUCAAGAUGGAACCCAUACUACUGACUCAGAUGGUACAGAUCUUCAGCUUGAUUCUGCUGCUGCUGCUGAGGGUGAAGCAGGUGAGGCACAACCCGACGCUCAAGCUCAAUUUAGGGUUCCUCCUAAGCCUCUAGAACCUCCUGAACCUGAGAAGUAUACAGUUAGACUUCCUGAAGGGAUCACGAGCGAGGAGCUUGAUGUUAUCAAGCUCACAGCGCAGUUUGUGGCACGGAAUGGGAAAUCUUUCUUGAACGGAUUGCAGAGUAGAGAGAAUAACAAUCCUCAGUUUCACUUUAUGAAGCCAACUCAUAGCAUGUUCCCUUUUUUCACUACUCUGGUUGAUGCAUAUUUUGAUGUAUUAAAGCCUCCCGAGGAUUUGAUAGAUAAGCUGAGAAAGAGUGCUGCUGAUUUUACUACCGUUCUUGAGCGUUGUUUGCACCGUCUGGAAUGGGAUCGUUCUCAGGAGCAGCAGAGGAAGAAAGAAGAGGACGAGAAAGAGCAGGAGAGAGUGCAGAUGGCUAUGAUUGACUGGCAUGAUUUUGUGGUUGUUGAAUCGAUAGAUUUUGCUGAUGAGGAGGAUGAAGAGUUGCCACCACCUAUGACACAUGAGGAAGUUAUAAGGAGGAGCAAAGUAUCAGCGAUGGAAGAAGAUGAAAUUGUUGAGUCUGGAAAGGAAGUCGAAAUGGAAAUGGAUGAAGAAGAAGUUAAGCUUGUUGCAGAAGGAAUGAGAGCAGCGAACCUGGAAGAGAAUGGAGGCAUUGUGAAAAUAGAAAAUGAAGAAGGACCUAUGAGAAUUGUUAAGAACUGGAAGAGGCCAGAAGACAGGAUCCCGACAGAGAGAGAUCCUACUAAAGUUGUUAUAUCUCCAAUUACGGGAGAGCUGAUUCCCAUCAGCGAGAUGUCUGAGCACAUGCGGAUUUCACUUAUCGAUCCUAAGUUCAAAGAGCAGAAGGAUCGGAUGUUUGCUAAGAUUCGUGAGACCACUCUUGCUCAAGAUGAUGAGAUUGCUAAAAACAUAGUCGGAUUGGCCCGCCUGCGUCCCGACAUCUUUGGAACAACUGAAGAAGAAGUAUCAAAUGCUGUAAAAGCAGAGAUCGAGAAGAAGAAAGAUGAGCAGCCGAAGCAAGUAAUAUGGGAUGGUCACACUGGAAGUAUCGGUCGCACGGCAAACCAAGCCUUGACUCAGAACGCUAAUGGAGAGGAGCAAGGUGAUGGCGUUUAUGGAGAUCCCAAUAGCUUCCCUGGUCCGGCUGCUCUUCCUCCUCCUCGACCAGGUGUCCCAACAGUGCGACCAUUGCCACCACCUCCUAAUCUCGCCUUGAACCUCCCUCGCCCUCCUCCUUCUGUUCAGUACCCAGGUGCACCGAGGCCAUUAGGUGUUCCAAUGAUGCAACCCAUGCAUCCACAACACCAGCUCUCGAUGCCCGGGCCACCUGGACACCCGUCGAUGAUGAUGAACCGACCACCACAAAUGCAGCCUGGUAUGCCUAUACCGCCUCCACCGGGAUCACAGUUUGCUCAUCUUCAAGUUCCGAGACCUUAUGGUCAGCUUCAACCGCCUUCGAUGGGGAUGAUGCAGCCACCACCUAUGCCUGGGAUGCCUCCUCCUCCACCACCCGAGGAGGCACCACCGCCUCUUCCUGAGGAGCCAGAGCCAAAGAGACAGAAGUUCGACGAGUCUGCUCUUGUUCCAGAAGAACAGUUUCUUGCUCAGCAUCCGGGUUCUGCUACGAUCAGGGUCUCUGUUCCAAAUGCGGAUGACGGGCAAGUCAUUGAGAUCACAGUGCAGUCUUUAUCUGAAAACGUGGGAAGUUUGAAGGAGAAAAUAGCUGGGGAAAUACAAAUUCCAGCAAACAAACAGAAGUUAAGUGGAAAAGCCGGGUUCUUAAAGGACAACAUGUCACUUGCACAUUACAAUGUUGGAGCUGGAGAAAUCUUAACGCUGUCUUUGAGGGAACGUGGUGGGAGAAAGAGAUAGAGAGACGGCUGGUGGAUGCAAAGAUAUGGCUGUUUAAUCUCUCUACUCUUCUUUAAUAGAUGUUUUAGAUUGGUGGCCAAAACUAUCUUGUACUGCUCUCUCUUUAGGUCACACAUCUUUACACUCUUGGCUCAUCACAUCUAUGUAUGGAGUUUUAGAUAAAGAAGAGUGAUUUUUACUGACUUAAGCUUGUUUUGGAUUUGCAGCUAGUAACGUUUUGGCUCUGUAAUUUUGAGGGAAAAAAUCAAACAAUCUCUUCUUUAGAUAUGUGAUGUUUAGAAUGUUGCAGAUAGCAAUUGUU